UCACCGACCACAGCUUGUUUUGGAGGAAGUGAACAGAGCUCGGCAGCUAGCAGCUAGCACAGUUAGCUUGUUGACAGGAAAAGCAAAGCGAGCGUCAACGGGAGCAGAAGCGAAACAGACCAACAGACCAUUGUACCAAACUGAAGGGAGAUACACAUCGGCAGGGGCGGCGUUGACUUUGAUAAGCAGGGUUAGCUGCGAGGCUAGCUGUCUGAGAUUAUCUAGUUAGCUGUCGACGUGUUGUUUUCUCACGGCGGACGGUUAGAAGAGCUGCUAGCCUGUUAGCCUGUUAGCUUCUUAGCUUCUUAGCCUGUUAGCUUGUUAGCUAGCCUGUUAGCUAACGCUUCCAACCAGAGGCAGAAGAAAAAAAAGUCUACUUUUGAUCUUUUCUACCGCAGGAUCAUCACUCAGCUGUGGCACAAUGACAUCAAGGAAGAAAGUACUACUCAAAGUCAUCAUCCUCGGAGACUCCGGAGUUGGGAAGACCUCGUUGAUGAACCAGUAUGUGAAUAAGAAGUUCAGUAACCAGUACAAAGCCACAAUAGGCGCUGAUUUCCUGACGAAAGAAGUCAUGGUGGAUGACAGACUCGUCACAAUGCAGAUUUGGGACACAGCCGGUCAGGAGAGGUUCCAGUCCUUAGGCGUAGCGUUCUACCGUGGAGCCGACUGCUGCGUCCUGGUGUUUGACGUGACGGCACCCAACACCUUCAAGACUCUAGACAGCUGGAGGGACGAGUUCUUGAUCCAGGCCAGCCCUCGAGACCCGGAGAACUUCCCCUUUGUGGUGCUGGGCAACAAGAUCGACUUGGAGAACAGACAGGUAACAACCAAGCGAGCACAGGCUUGGUGUCAAAGCAAGAACAACAUCCCAUAUUUCGAAACCAGCGCCAAGGAGGCAAUCAACGUGGAGCAGGCCUUCCAGACUAUCGCACGCAACGCCCUCAAACAGGAGACCGAAGUGGAGCUGUACAAUGAGUUCCCGGAGCCGAUAAAGCUGGACAGGAACGAGCGAGCCAAGCCGUCAGCGGAGACCUGCAGCUGCUGAGGUCUCUGAAGAUCUCCGGGGGAGGGGGGUUGUCACGGCCCUCACUACCCUGUCUUGCCUUGUCUAUAUACCCCUUAUCCCAUGGCCCACUGUGUUAAUCCCUAAUGCCCAACAUACAAGCAGCAUCCCACUCAUUGAGUAUACUACACACACACACACACAAACAUGCUGCACUCACCUCCUUACGUAUACAAAACACACAUUUUGUAUAAAAUAUGAGUCUCCUAGCCCAAAGAACACCUUAAGGAAACAUUAUGGAAUUUACUUGUACGAUGCUUAUUACUUCCCAGUGUUUCCCUACGUACUUUUUCAUGGCGGUGGUGGUUUGGGCUCAUUUUCAGUUCCAUGUAUAUUGCUGCUUUCACACCCAAUUUUUGGUUCUAACUGCUUUUAUUUGGUAAAUCGAAUCAUUAUAUCUACAUGUUUGUGUUGAUGAGUAUAGUUAGAAAACUAAUCCUUUUUUUUUUGUUUUGUUUUUUUAAAUCAAAGUUUCUUUAGCAGUGCUGGUUGUUUUCUUACUUUCACGGCCCGCCGCUGCUGCAUGAAUAGAGGAAACACUGCUCCCCCCGUUUUACUCAUUUGUGUUGUGGCUUAAAUUUGUUUGACUCUCAAAAAAACACUUGUUUCCGUGCUUUCACUUUACCUCCAAAAAAAGAAGUGGGAACUGAAGUAGUGAAGGAUCAGAAUGUGUGAAGGUGCAUGUGGGUCACAUUAAUAUGCUGCCUGCUGGUUCUUGUUAAUUGGCACAGAAUUGAAAAUCCAGUUUCACGACAGGUUUUUUGUUUUUGUUUUUUUUGCACUUUGCUGUCAUCCACAAUUACUGAAGACUUGUUCAGACAUCUCAUUUUGGAGUCACAAUAAAUGUAGCUCAGGUUGAGGACAUCGUGUGAAUCCAGAUGUGAGUGUAACACGCUAAUCCUCUACUAGGGGAAAUGAAGGUUCAUCUUGUAAUUAGCUAUUCUUGGUACAACAUUUGACGUGGGAAUGAACCAUGAGGAUAGCAUGUCAUUCUACCCCGAUAAUCCUGCAGAGGAGAGAUUUUUCUCCAGUAUAAAUAUCAUUCAUAACUGAGUACUAUUAGUUAGUACCUUUCUUUUUACUGUCAACUAUUGCAAGACUUUGUAUAUUUGCAAACCUCUCAAUCAUUGUGUGGGGGAAGGCUAAAAGUUGUGUUGUAAAUCUCCAUAUCCGACUCUGCCAGUUGCUCGUGUUGGCAAACAAUUUAAGUGCUUGACAUUUCUUUUAACCGAUCAGAUCUUUAACUGUCUGUUCGUAUUAUGUUAAAUCUUUGAAAUGCAUUAUAGAUUACGAGAUAGCAUACAUACUGUAACUUUGAAAGAAGAAAAAAAAAAUGUAUGGGGGGAGGGGGUGAAGUAUCGGCAUUCAUCAUUAUUAUAUUAUUAAUAUGAUAAAUGCAUAGCAUCUACAUUGUUUCGAAAUGUCUGCGUUUCAAGUAAUAAGGGUAAUAAAAAUCUUGAAUAAAG